AUGAAGAUCAUUCCAUUGAUGUACAUCGCGUUGGCCAUGCUCUUGACAUCAUACUUGGCUCCGACUCCGACGCACGGAUUCACAUUCGACACUAGAGAUGGAUUAGUCGCCAACCUCUUGUACAUGCCUAUCAACGAUAUGAUCGCAGUGAUUUGUCUAUUGGCGACGAUCGCCGUCGUCUCCGCCCACGAAGGUCACGUUCACAGCCAUUCUCCUGCUCCAGCACCAGGACCGGCUAGCUCAGCCGUCGUCUCGGCCACCAAUAUGUUCACCGGACUCGCUUUUGCCGCCGUGGCUCUCGUCGUUGGUCUCAACCACUGA